AUGGAGCCCAACAGCCCCAAAAAGAUACAAUUCGCGGUGCCUGUAUUCCAGAGUCAGAUCGCACCCGAAGCCGCCGAGCAGAUCAGGAAAAGAAGACCCACCCCAGCAUCACUCGUGAUUCUCAAUGAACAGAACAGCCCAGAAAUAGAUGACAAGAGGGUGACCAACCCACAGGGGGAAUCACAGAAUGCAUCACCGAAACAAAGGAAGCAGAGCGUGUACACACCACCCGCCAUGAAAGGGGUUAAGCAUGUGAAAGGCCAGAAUGGAUCAGCCUUUCCUGAAGAAGAAGAAGGUGUAAAUGAGAGAGAGGAGCCGUGGGAUCAUUAAUUAUGGAUCUGCAGCAAGAAAGGUGCCUGGAAAUAACAGAACUAUGAACUUUUCUGAAUAUCCCAUGAGCCCCACUGCUUGAUUUCCAGAGAGCAUUCCUCAUCUCUGCACUCUACGCAUAUAGUGGGAACACAUCCUCUGGGGAGCCCUCCUGGACGGAACUUUAGAACUAAGUACACAUUGUUCCAGAUUACUUAUAAUCAAAAAAUAAACCUUUAUUUUAUGGUGACUUUUCUUUUUAACAACUUAGAAAUUUGCAAACAUAUGUGUGUUAUAACUUUAAUACUAUCAAAGCUUAAUC